ACAAAUUGAUGGACGAAUGUAUUCACCUCAGUAUUGACAACGCAUUCACCGGCGAACGUCGAGGCCCCUUCGCUUUCACCGCCGCUCGCUGGUUGUACUGGAGCCUUUGAAUGCCCACGCAUAAACAACUUCUGUUCAUUUGGAAGAGUAUAUCAAGCUGCUGUCGUUCGCCUCUGGCUCUUUUGAACCUCCACCCGCAACACACGCAAGUACCAAUAAUACGACACCAAAUCAUCGACAAGCCGCGUAACGAAGCGAUCUGCAAGUCUCUCGACAGCGUUCUCGUCGGAGCCAUUUAGCGGCUAGAAGAUGUGCCUGACAAUAAGAUAUUGGGCAAGAUGCGGGCGCGUCGUGGACGGCGUACUGUGCGAAAACCAAUCCUCAAACGGUACCAACACAGAAGACGUGCCGGAGCCGUGCGAGGACUUCAAGGCUAGGAAUGGUGGAAAGGCGGUCUUCGGUUCUCCCCAUUGCCCGAAUCACGAGCUCCGCCAUGCUCCAAAGCAGGGUGUCCCAUGUAAGCAUGUAAAAGGGUGCUGGACAACGCCAAGAAAAGAGCGCAGAAUGCGGAGAAGAGAAAGAACAAGCCGCACGGGGAUUCAAAAGCCGUCGCUGGUCCCUCUCGCGCCCUUGCGUCCUCUCCCGAGGCCCAGGGGAGCUCAGAGCCGCGCACUCACCCUCCUCCGCCACCGGUUGAGAUCGGCGGCUGGGAUGACUAUACACCGUCUACGGGUGGAGGGAAGGGGACGGGAAAGAUGAAGUGAUGCAUUCCAACGAAUUGGUGCUUCUCCUUUGGCAUUGAUGUCCUCGUCACCGUAAGGCUCCAUGUGGAUGCAACAGGCGUUGACGUCGGGUGUGGAAGACUCUCAAGGGCUGGUGAACAUUGGACAACCAACCGACGAAGAGUUUACCACGGUGGUCCCUCCGAGCAGUUACUUCAAACAUGAU